AUGACAAGCAAUUUGAGGGUGCAAAAUGCCAAUUACUCUAGUACCAGGAACCAAAAGCCCAAAACUAAAAAUGAAAGAGCUCCGACCAAGAGAAACAGCAGAAGUAGCGCCAUGGCUUCUUCGCCCUUGAGUGAAGAAGUGGAUAAAAGUGUGUAUUCAAUUCUGACAAUUGACCGUUGGGAGUCGUUGAAUUGCAUGAAAUACAGAACAUCCUCGUUGAGACCAGUCCACGGAAGGUUAGCUUUGAAAUUCUUGAAAUGGGUAGUGAGUCAGCCCGGUUUGGAGCCGAGUCACAUAACUCACUUGUACUGCAUCACAGCCCACAUCCUCGUUCGUGCCAGAAUGCACGAUUUCGCCAAAUCGAUUCUGAACCGUUUACGCGAAACGGGUUCGGAUUCGACUUCCGUCUUUUAUGCUCUAAUGGGGACUUAUCGCCUCUGUAAUUCGAACCCUGCUGUUUUCGACCUUUUAAUUAGGGUUUAUGUAAGAAAGGGAUCAACCGAUGAUGCUUUAGGGAUAUUCCGUUUGAUGGGUACGAGGGGUUUUCGGCCGUCUAUAUACACUUGUAAUAUGAUUUUUUCUGCAAUGGCGAAGUUUGGUCGUAGUGAGUCCGUGUGGUUGUUUUUUGGAGAAAUUCUCGGGAAGGGUAUUUGUCCGAACAUAGGAACAUUUAACAUAGUUUUGAAUGUGCUUUGCAGCGACGGGAAACUGAAAAAGGCGAGCUAUUUACUUACAAAGAUGGAGGAGAGUGGUUAUGCACCGAACGUCGUGAGUUAUAAUACGGUUUUAAAUUGGUACUGCAAGAAAGGUAGGUACAAAGAAGCUAUUCCGUUAUUGGAUCACAUGAGCAAACGGGGUAUUGAAGCGGAUGUUUUUACGUAUAAUAUGCUUGUCGACGAUUUAUGUAAGAAUAAUAAAAGUGCAAAAGGGUAUUUACUGUUGAAAAAGAUGCGGAAGAGGACGAUAAUCCCUAAUGAAGUCACAUAUAAUACUCUUAUUUGCGGAUUCGUUAAAGAGGGGAAAAUCGCAGUUGCUUUGAAACUUUACGAUGAGAUGUGUAAAGUUAGUGUAAAGCCGAAUUGUAUAACUUACAAUGCGUUGAUCGAUGGACAUUGUCGAACGGGCAAUUUUGUGGAAGCUUUUGAGGUUAUGAAUAAAAUGGAAGAAAUGGGGUUGAGGCCUAACGAGGUUACUUAUGGGACCGUUUUGAACGGACUAUGCAAACACGGGAAGUUCGAUUCUGCAGAGAAACUAUUUGCGAAGAUUAAGGUGGAUGGUGUUAGUGUUGAUUCGACGAUGUAUUAUACUAUGCUAAUGGAUGGAGUGUGCAAAAGUGGGACACUAACAAAAACCGUGCAGUUUCUUGAUAAAAUGUUGGAGGAUAAAAUAAAGCUCGACAUUGUUACGUAUUCGGUUCUUGUGAAUGGGUUUAGUAGAGUCGGGAAGAUGAAUUCCGCAAGGGAAAUAAUUUGCAAAAUGUUUCGAUCCGGGCUGAAACCGAACAGCAUUGUGUACUCUACGUUGAUUUACAAUUUAUGCAGAAGGGGAGAUGUAAACGAGGCAAUCAAGAUUUAUUCGGUGAUGCUUCUGAGCGGUCAUCGUGCUAAUCUUUUCGUCUGUAAUGUGUUGGUUUCGACUCUUUGCAGAAACGGUGACGUGGCGGUUGCGGAGGUUUUCAUGGACCACAUUCGUGGGCUUGGUCUUAAACCUAAUUCGGUUACAUUCGAUUCGAUGAUUAACGGGUAUGCAAAUGUGGGAAAUGGGAUGAAAGGAAUUCGGUUAUUAGACGAAAUGGUGAAAUUUGGUUAUGAUCCUACAUUGUACACUUAUGGAAGUUUACUGAAAGGACUAUGCAGAGGUGGAAAUUUCGACGAGGCGGUGAACUUCUUUGGUAAGCUCCGGAAUGUUCCGUGUGGCGCGGACAUAGUUUCUUACAAUACGAUGUUGUCUGAGAUUUGUAAGCGUGGGAAUUUCAAGGCGGCGAUGGUCUUUUUAGAUGAGAUGGUUCGAAGAAGUGUGUUUCCGGAUAGUUAUACGUACGGCUGUCUUGUUGCUGGUUUGUGCAGAGCUGGAAGAGUUGUUACCGCAAUUCUUUUGUUGGAAAGGGGAAAUGUUUGUCCGAACGAGUUUAUGUAUUCCAGUAUUAUCAACGGGCUUGUGAAAAUCGGCCAAUCACAAGCCGGGGUUUACUUUUUUCAUGAUAUGGUAAAGCGUGGUCAAAAUGCUGACACGGUUACUCUUAAUACAGUUCUUGGUGCGUACUCGAGAUUAGGACAAGUGGAUAAUUUGAAGAAUAUUCUGUUAAUGAUGGAGAACACGAGUUUGUCGCCUAAUUUGGUUACAUAUAAUAUUUUAUUACGUGGGCUUUCAGCAAAAAACGAUAUUUCUGGUUGUUUGUGGUUAUACAAAACAAUCUUGAAAAGUGGUUUUAUUCCCGAUAAAUUUACUUGGCAUUCUAUAGUCAUCGGGCUAUGUAAUUCCGGAAUGGUGGAUAUUGGAGCUAAGUUCUUGAAAAUGAUGAUUAUGGAAUCGGGGCGGCCCACGUACUGCGAAAGAGGCGACACUUCGAAAGCAUUUGAUUUGUUCGAUAUCAUGAUCUCAGUUGGAAUUCAGCCUAGUUUAGAAACUUUAGCUUCUAUUUUUAACGGGCUCAAAAGAACAUCCCGUUUUCAAGAAUCGCACGCACUGCUCCACGAGAUGGCGAAAGACGGUUUUGCCCCCACCGAAAGACAGUACAGCAGUUUGAUAACGAGCAUGUGCAAAAUCGGAGAUAUAAAAGGAGCGCUCAAAGUGAAAGAUUCUAUGGCGGCACUCAGUGGUGUUGGCUCUCGCCAGGUGGCGGAGAGUGCUUUGGUUAGAGGGCUCGUGCAGCAGGGGAAAACAGAGGAGGGUGUUCUCGUAAUUAAUCGCAUGCUGAGGGGCGGAAUUGUUCCGACGGUUCCGACUUUCACGACCGUGAUUCAUGUGCUUUGUAAAGAAUCUAAAUUUUCGGAGGCACUCGAUUGUAAAAAGUUGAUGGAGAAUCAUGGCUGUAAGCCUGAUGUAGUUACUUACAAUGUUCUUUUAACUGGCUUAUGUCGGAGUGGUGAUAUUGCUCGUGCUUUUGCGUUGUACGAGGAGAUGAAAUUAAGGAGCGUUUGUCCGAAUAUCACCACUUUUUACGUUCUUGUUAGUGCCGUUUUGUCUGAAAAUGACUGUGUUAAUGGUGAGGGAAUUUUGAAGGAUUUGGAGGAGAGAGGAUUAGUUAGUGGAGAUUCGGUUUCUCGAGAUUGGAAUAUAAGAUUGGAAGAGGCGGUAGUGAAUAUAGACCGCUUAAGGCACAAAUCGAAGAUCGGUGGAAUCAGAAGAUAAAGUAUUCUUUCUUUAUUUUCUUGAUUACUGAAAGAUCAGGAAUCGUGGGGUUUUGACCACUUAACGGGGUCUAAUGCUGAAAUCAAGGCUGAAUCAAAAGAUUCGACUUAUGGGCGUUCGAGUUAAAUCAAAAAGUUGCUUAUGCAACUAUUGCCAGGUAGAAUAUCCUCUUCUUUAGCUUCUUUUUAG